AUGGCAGGCGGAAAGGGCAAGACCGGUGGCAAGACCGGAGGAAAGGCGGGCGGCGCAGACUCUGGCAAGACCCAGAAGUCUCACUCGGCUAAGGCUGGUCUUCAGUUCCCAUGCGGCCGUGUCAAGCGUUUCUUGAAGUCCCAGACGCAGAACAAGAUGCGCGUCGGAGCGAAGGCUGCCGUCUACGUGACCGCGGUCCUCGAGUACCUCACCGCCGAAGUCCUCGAGCUUGCCGGAAACGCCGCCAAGGAUCUCAAGGUCAAGCGUAUCACGCCCCGCCAUCUUCAGCUCGCCAUCCGCGGAGACGAGGAACUCGACACCUUGAUCCGAGCCACCAUCGCCUUUGGUGGUGUCCUCCCACACAUCAACCGUGCUCUCCUCCUCAAGGUUGAGCAAAAGAAGGGAAAGAAGCUCGAGGCAUAA